CGCCUAGCAACAAGAACACACUCCUGGUUUUCCAGCAGAAAUCCGUCUGACCGGCGCUUUAACUCCGGACUGUUUGAGGUUAUUGAACACGUUUAGGAGCAUGGAUCCACCAAAGAGUUUUUAUAAUCUGAUUCAGAAGGAGGAGGAGCAAAUUCAGAGACAGCCCAGAUGUUUUUGAAUGUUCGUUCCUGCAGGUAUGUGUCCAGGUUCCGCCCGACUGUGGUUCUGGAGAACAAACAGGCUAAAGACGUCAUGAGGACCAUGGGUCCUGCAAAUGUGGAGGUUCCCUCUCCUGAUAAAUUCCUCAAGAAGCAUUCCAAAGAUCCGCAGAUGCCAGAGCACUCAGAAGGUUCCAAAGGUGUCAGGCGAGCCUGUGCUCUGACUCAGAGGAGGCCGCCCGUCCCGGCGAGGACCGACCCGCCUCCGAUGGGUCAGACCAAAAGGGGCUUCAUAAAGCCGGCCGCGACAGUGCCGGUGAAGCCCACGCCCGUUUCUGUGGACUCCAAGAAGGGACACAAACAGCUGCUGGAGACGUCUGGACUCGUCCCCAAAUACGUCAUGAAGAAGGAUUACGGGGAGAUACCUGCGUACCUGCAGCGGCGCAGCGAGGCGGAGGGGCUGGCCCAGGAGGAGCACGCCAGGCUGCAGAAGGAGCAGGACGGGCAGGAGGCCAUGCAGCAACUGACAGAAGAGGAGCGGCAGGCCGCCCUGCAGGAUUCCCUCCAUGUUUCCCUCCUCCAGGGUCUGAAGAGGAAGUGGGACGCUCUGCAUAAGGAGUACCAGUGCCUGCCGCUCAUCAUUGAGACUCUGUCACAGAGAGCCUUCAAGAAGAGCCUGGAGGACGCCAUGAAGCAGCUGGACGAGAACAUCCUCCUCCUGGAGAGGUUCCCAACCAUCUACGUCACCAAGAGCUAGUCUGCACGUCUUCAACCAGACUAAUGGAUUCUGCAGAAAUUAAAGAGUUUUUCCUAAAGAAAAA